GAAGAGGGCAACAUGACCUUGCAAUGCACCAAGUCGGCGGGACACUGGAAGAUCGUGGUGUGGGACGAGGAGGGCUUCCAGGGCCGGCGGCACGAGCUCGCGGCCGAGUGCCCCAGCGUGCUGGAACUGGGCUUCGAGACCGUGCGGUCUCUGACCGUGCUGAGUGGAGCGCCUCUGUUCCCAGGCUCUGACUUCCCGGUGGGUCUGCAGGCUGUGGAGCACCAGGUCUGCGGUGGAAGGUGGGUGGGCUUUGAGCAUGCUGGCUUCCAAGGGCAGCAGUACGUGCUGGAGCGGGGCCAGUACCCGUGCUGGGACGCCUGGAGCGGCAACACGGCCUACCCUGCCCAGAGGCUCACCUCCUUCCGGCCUGUGGCCUGUGCUAACCACCGAGAUUCGAGGCUGACCAUCUUCGAGCAAGAGAACUUCCUGGGCAGAAGAGGAGAGCUGAGUGAUGACUAUCCCUCCCUCCAGGCCAUGGGAUGGGAUGGCAAGGAAGUGGGCUCCUUCCACGUCCAAUCGGGGGCGCACUGUGUUGGGCGCUGGAAAGAACAAUGAACCAGGCGCACACAUCCCUGUACCCAGGCGCUUACUGCAUGUUGAGGAGGAGGACAUUUUACAAAUAAUCUGUUAAUUACCUAAUUACAUGAAGUCUCCAAAGGUACAAUAAGGGACUAUGGCCUAAUUGGGGGAACAGCUCAGACCACCCUGAUGAAGUGAUAAUUGAGCUGAGACCUGAAUGACAAAUAGAAUUGGCUGAGCAAAAAUGGCUAGAACGGUGUUCCGGGAAGAGGGCACGGCAUGAUGAAGGGCACAUGCUGGGCACUGAAGGCAGGCCACGAUGGCUGGAAUGUUUGCAGCGUGGGCCUCUCUGUCCUUGUGUCCAUCACCACGCUGGUGCCUCUCUUAGGUAACAGUCUCUCCCUU